AUGUCCGACACUCCAGCGGCCGGCGGCGCUGCCGUCGCCACGGUCCCCGCCGAGCCUGAUGCGCUUGUCGAUGUCGGUCCCGGCCCGGCUGCAGUUCCCCUGCCGCCCAUCGAGGCCCUCGCUCUUGUCAAGGCCGACACGCCGACCGAGACCGCAGCUGCAUCCUUGCCCUCGAACGAGCCCACCCCUGCGCCACCUGCCAGCGCAGCGCCCACCGUGGCAAAGACGAAGACAAAGAAGCGAAAAGUCAAGAACCCCCGCAAUAUCCCAACAACGCGAGUGGAUCGCCCGGCCGAUUAUUACGUUCGCGCCAUUGCCAACGGGACCGUCCAAGUGAACGCCCCCGUCUCCGGCGAGCCCGUCAGAGUGCUGCACGAGGACGAUGGGAUGCUGGUGAUUGUCAAGCCAGCUGGGAUUCCCGUGCACCCUGCUGGUCGAUAUGGCUAUAACAGUGUCUUGGAGAUCCUCAAGGACGAGCGGGGACGGGACUUUGUACCCCAUCCGUGCCAUAGGCUGGAUAGGCUCACCAGUGGCAUCAUGUUCAUUGCCAAGAACCCCGAGGCCGCGGAAGGCCUACGAGCGCAGAUUGCGGGACGAACAGUUCGCAAGGAGUAUAUCGCGCGCGUCAUCGGCGAAUUCCCAGACGGCGAGGUGGUUUGCGACCAGCCUAUUCUCCAAAUCUCUCCCAAAUUAGGGCUUAAUCGCGUUGACCUAGCUGCUGCUGACCGCCCCGAGGGCGCCAGUGCGGAGCGUGUCCAAGGCAAGCCGUGGCUGGGGAAGCAAGGCUACUCCAUUGUCAGAUGCCUCCCCAUCACGGGGAGGACCCAUCAGAUUCGCGUACAUCUGCAGUACAUUGACGGAGUUGAGCACGCCGACGAGGAUGUCAUCAGCCGCCUCGAGCGGAUGGGCAAGGAAGAGGCCGCCGACGCGGUUGCCUACCAUGACGAAAUGGUGGACGAGUAUGAGAAGAGGAGAGCAGAGAUGAUGACGGGAAAAAUUGCGAGCUUGAGAUACCAAGCCGCGGAUGGCUCCUGGGGCUACAUCACCCCGCUCCCGAAAUGGGCGCUGCCGUCUGAAGGGAUUGAGGGCCCCGUGGAAGUUGGGAGUCUAGACGCUCUGAUCAACGCCGCCAACGCCGCGGGGCCGAUCGAUCUGUAA